AAAUACUAGAGGCAGAUAUGUCGAGUGAUAAUGAAGAUCAUCUUAUCAACCCUGCAGGAUCGGUCCAUAGACAGCAAAAUCCCUUGUCUGUCAACCAGUCUGGAGAAGUAGAAGAAUCGCUUCCAAAUCGCUCCAGUUUCUCCCAGAGACCAACGCUGAACGAAGAAGACACUCAUGCAGAAAUCCUCCAAAAUGCGUGGGGAAUAAUCGAAAUCACCCCCAGCCGUGCAAUAGAGAAGGUGGUAUCUGACUCAUCCUGUACAUUCUCAGGAGAUCCGUUUCCUUCAAUCGCUCACGGUCAAGCAAUCAGGGACCACAAACAUGUCAACUUUGAUGAAGAACCAGAGUGUGAGGUGAUGUCUGAACAAACCCGAUCAGAUACCAAUGUUGAGUCAGUGUCGGAAAAGUCAGGCCAAGUUGCGAACCAUAAUAAACCUAACCUCAAAACCCAAAAUCUAGCCAAAGGUUUGACUGAAUUGUUGAAAAGUCAAAAACGUAAAAAACUAGCGAAGAAAGUGUACCUUCAGCAGAAACGAAUUACGCAGUCGAGUCUCCAGAAAAGUUCACUGGAUAGAAAAUCCAGGAUUUUAAAACAAAGGGUUUCUCUCCAACAGGCAAAAACUGGUGGGUGCAGCAGAAAGAGCAGAGGUUCAAGAAAGCAUGAUAUGUUCCAAAAAACCAUAUUGGCUGCACUAAAUUCAAAACUGCGAACUCUUGUUCAACAAGAAAUUGGAAUAAAAAGAAAGCGAAAAAAAACGCCACGGAAGGUACCACCUCCAGAACACAGUAGUGUGUCAAUUCCUGCAACAUGUUCUAAAGAUCCGGAAUCAUUACAAGGGAUAGAAACUGGGAUGGAAACAGAUGCAACCGAUAAUGGAACAGCUAGUGUUUGUACUUAUCAAGAAACAGACCAAGUAAGCGUGUCUGGAGAGGGUGAAUGUAAUAUGGAGAUGGCCUUGGAAUCUCCAAAAAGCACACCACUGUUGUCCGCUACCACUAGUGUUACUAGUGAAAAUGAUGAUGACCAUGCAGACGUCUUCUCGGACUUACCUGGUAGGGAAACAGUUAUGUCAUCACCUAGAUCUAUAACAUACUCACCUCAGAAUAAUCAUUUAGAACCAAUAACUGCCCAAACUUUAGCAAAUAAAGCUUCGACUACAAUUCAUACACCAAUCACUACAUCAAUUAUUCAUAAAAAUAUAGAAAACAUAUCUAGUGACACUCAAGAAAAUUCUAAAACUAAUGAACACGACAACGUAAUGUUACAAGACGAAGCAUUUGAAAUUCCACACCCAGAAGCGUCUCAGAGUUGUACAAAUAUAUUACCGAAUUCGCCAGAAUUUCAUGAGCUGACAACUACAGACAAGGGCUUGGAACAUAAUCAGGACAAUUUAACUGAGCUGGAUACCUAUAUUAGAAAUUUUCCGGAUCGUGACGAGUGUUUUACCGAGUUUUUGGAAAACUUCUUCACAGUGUUCGACGGUUCUGUCGAACUUUUAUGCAAAAAGAUGGCAGAUUUACUGUACUUGGUGAUAACGGAGUCACGAAACUGCAGUUCUCGUGUAACGACAGCGGAGUUACUUAGUGAGGAGUUCAGAGAAGCAGAACGUUCCUCUGCUUUAAAGAAUUACGAUGAAAAAUUUAAUAAGUGCAAGUUAGAUUUUGAAGAUAUGUUUAAUGAAAUUUUCGAAAAGAUUUCGUGUCUGAUUGUGCACGAAAACUGUAAAAUUAUUUUCCUCCUUGCUUGGUUCAACAAGGUGUUUCUUCACUUGACUUCGAUAUCCCCCAGACUUUAUAGAUUCCCUUCAUGAAGUAAAAGGCAAACGUAAUAUCACUCCUCGCGGGCAUAUCUUCUGACUGUGAAGCAUUAACCAGAGUGUUUAAAUGUGAUGAGACCUUUGAACUUAACUGUUGGCAAGUAUUAGACCUAAUGCUCGACUGCAUUUCUCUCCACGAAAAACAGGGAACGGAUUAAAACGGACCCACUAUUGGUUUUCGUGUCACAUAGCACCAUCAGAGGAACAAGGAACUGAACCGUUUACAGAUUGCGAAAAGCCAGAUCAAGGUCUGAAGAGCUCUUAAAAAAUUUCUGUGACAGUCAGAUGUGACAACAAUUUAAAGAUUCAUAUGCGUGCCUGUCUGUUAUUUUUGUAGUUAUACUAUUAUUUUUAUAGUUAUACAAUAUUUGUGACAACUCUUUAAUGUUUCCGUAAACAUAUCUGUCUGUGUUUUUUACACAUGUGCAAUAUUGGUAAGAUCAUUGUCAUUGAGCCAACACAUAACACUUCAAAAACGUAUCUGUUUGUUGGUUUAUUCAUGUUUAUAGGAUAAUAAUUGUUGUUGUCAUAAAAUUUUAACACUUCCUAAAUGUAUCUGCCUGUUUAUUUAUUUAUGUUUAUAAGGUAAUUGUUGUUGUGAUGACAUUUUAAACACUUCCUAAGUGUGUAUCUGUCUGUUAUGUAACCAUACCAUUUUUGUUAGUUAUAUUUAGAAAAACAAGCACAAUCUCAUCUGGGACCUUGAGGAGAAAUACAUACA